AUGCCCCCUACUGUGUGGAGAAGAGACAGGCGUAUAUCUCCUUCCACUGCUCAAGAUGGUGAAGAAGCGAAAUCAGCAGAUUCUGGUGUACUCCCCCCCGGUCCUUCAACUCUGGAACGUCCCAAGGAUUGCGUCAAUAAAAACCCCACACCUGCUUUCUCCCUGUUAUGCACCGUUAUGGAUCGUUUGAGGAGCGAAGAAAUGAGCAAACGUAAGGAUACGUUGACGAGAUUCUUCAACCUCUGGCGGAUUAAAGUGGGUAACGACCUCUAUCCUCUCAUUCGAUUACUCUUGCCCGAGAGGGAUAGGGAAAGACCUGUGUAUAAUCUCAAAGAAGCUAUGCUUGCUAAAUGCUACAUUGAGGUUCUGGGGCUGGACAAGCACAGUGCAGCAGCUCAAAAACUGGUCAAGUGGAAGCAACCUGUUGAUGGGGAGACGGACGGCAUCUCGGGAGAUUUUGCUAGGGUCUGCUAUCACGAGAUAGCCGCUAGGUCUACGGUGGAAGAAGGAACAUUGACCCUUGAAGCUGUCAACGCUUUAUUGGAUCAGCUUGCCGGUGGAAGGAUGAAGCAAGCUGAAUAUGUCCCGAUACUCCGAAGCAUAAACCGACAAUGUACACCUGUUGAACAAGAAUGGAUCAUACGAAUCAUCCUUAAAGACCUUCGUAUUUCUAUCCGGGAGAAAGGGGUGUUUUCAUGUUUUCAUCCCGACGCAGCUGAUCUUUUCAACGUUUGUUCGGAUCUCAAGCGUGUAUGCUGGACAUUGUACAAGCCAGACGUUCGUUUGGAGAAGAAUCAAACGAAUAUAGAAUUAUUCAGAUCUUUCUUACCCCAGCUGUGCUAUCGCUCCCCCUCUUCAGCCCACGAUGCGAUCGCGAGAUUGGUGGGAGCUCCUAAUCAAGAGUUCGUCAUGGAAGAGAAAUUGGAUGGAGAAAGAAUGCAACUGCACAUGCGAGGUAAUGGAGCGCAGUGGUUUUACUGCUCUAGGAAAGCAAAGGAUUACACAUACCUUUACGGGGCCCAUAUCGGAGAAGGCAGUUUGACACAACAUAUCGCGGGCGCCUUUCAUGAUGACGUACGUAACAUCAUCCUCGAUGGCGAGAUGUUAGUAUGGGAUCCUCAGCUCGAGAAAUAUCUCGCCUUCGGUGUACUGAAGACAUUUGCUCAGGACAAGAUAAUCGACGAUACGGCGCCCAGACCCUGCUUUAAGGUCUUCGAUAUACUCUAUCUCAACGACAAGUGUCUCACUGGCAAACGACUGUCGGAACGUAAACGAUUACUGCAUUCCAAUAGGGUAUUCAAAGAUAUCGAUCAGUACAAGGGCAGGUUGGAAUUCGCUGCUGAGGAAAGAGGGAAAUCAGGGAAAGAUAUCCGUGCAAUGUUGGAAAAGAUCUUGGAGUCAAGAGGUGAAGGUCUGGUAGUGAAGAAAUUGGACAGCACGUAUCAGACAAAUUCCCGAGGGCAAGACUGGGUCAAAGUCAAACCUGAAUAUGCCGACCAAAUGGGAGAGACACUUGACGUUAUGGUCCUUGGGGGCUGGUGGGGCAAGGGAGGACGUACUGGUAAACUAUCCAGUAUGCUCUGUGGUCUGAGGGUGCAGAGGGACGAUGAAGGUGACGGAGGUAUUCCACAAUUCGCCACUUUUUGUCGUGUAGGCUCUGGAAUGAGUUAUUCAGACUACGAGUGGAUACUGAACAAACAUCGAGAGCAUUGGAAAACUUUCAAACGCUCCAAUCCCCCCUCAUGGAUGAAAAUGGGCGAGAUAGGUUUGGACGACUCUCCGGACGUGUACAUUGAACCUGAACACUCAUUCGUCAUGCAGGUCAAAGCAUCCGAGAUUGUCCCUGCCACAGGAAACUUUGGUAUAGGUUACACCCUCCGAUUCCCACGAUGUAAAUUCAUCUUUUACGAUACCGCUAGUCGAGAUCAUCCAGUGGAGGAUCCUGAAAUGGAACGAGACAUGUGGAAUUGUUUGAGCGUGGAAGAAUUUACGGAGCUACUCAAUAAACCGAAACGCAAAUAUGAAGAUGAUGAACAAGGAUCGAAGAGAAGGAAACGAAAACCAGUGACUAGGACUAAAGUUCAAUUGAUUUCCUCUGUCAAAGGUCAACUUUUGUCCCAGGAAGAAGUCGAAAGUGGGAUAUUUGACAAUAUGAAAUUUUACGUUGUGAAGGGUGAUAACAAGAAUUCCAAGGCAGAACUUGAAGCGUUGAUUCAUGAACACGGAGGAGAUUUUACGCAAGCUCAAUUAUCUGAUCUUUCGGCAAUCGUCAUUGCGCCUGAUGAUAAAAGUCCAUUGCUCAGAGCUCAGAAAAAGAAGGGAGUCAGUAUUGUCAAACCUAGCUGGAUUUACGAGUCUAUCAAAAGGAAAAAGCCAUUACCGAUGAUUGAGGGACUUCUCGUCUUCGCUUCAGAAGAUGACCAAGCGGGACCUUUGUAUCACAAGACUUUAGACGAACUCGACGAAAUGGCCACUCGGGAUGGUUCAUCAGGAGCCGACGCGCAUGAGGCUUCAUCUGGCAGUCGACAUAGCUCUCAAGACGCACGAAAUGGGAUGAUGUCUGCUGAAAAAGGCGGAAGACCCGUAAAAUCAUCUAAGCAGCAAGCAAUGGAAAAUGAAUGGGAUCUUGACAAGAUUGCACCGAGUACUACUGUCACCAAUGACGUUCCCUCUCGGGCUGAAGACAACGAUGAAGAAGCAUCCGCUGAGAGUCAUGCGAGUGAUGAAGAGAUCGACGAGCCUUUGUUCCCCAUCCGAAGUGGUUCAACAGGAGAAGGAAUGGGUGAUGCAGAGACUAACGACUAUGACGAGGAUAAGAUCUUCAAUCAUUUGGUAUUUUAUAUUGACACUACUGAAAAUACCAAAAAGAACGGUUUGGCCGGUUCUCCCCCUUCAUCGGAGGUCAUCGAAAGAUUGGAUAAUGCGAGGAAGUUGUUGAUUGAGAAUGGAGGGAAAGUGGUGGAUAAUAUAAAUGAACCGAAAUUGACUCAUAUCAUCAUGGACGAUGAUGAUUCAAGUAGGUAUGGAGAAUUGAGUUGGAAGACUUCUAAACCGAAACGAAAACAUAUAGUGUUACCGUCUUGGGUGACGGAAUGUGUAGAAGAGGAAACUUUGAUGAAUGAAGAUGCUCAUAGACCACGUUGA